GCGCCGACGUCGCGUCCUGCGCCUACGUCAACCAAAAGGUUCGGAAGGAUUCCGGGAAGUGGAGGUCUGGCUCCUGCGCUUCCUCCUUAGCCUACAUGUGCAAACGGCCGCUGGACUGCCCGACGUGUUCCUCCAAAAGUGGUCUUGCUGUGGUGAAGACUUCUGACUGCGACGAUGGCAACAUCCUUUAUGGCGAUCAUUGCUAUUUUCAUGGCCCGACUCGUGAAAAUCAAGAGGAUGCUGCAGAGUUCUGUCUCGCCCGGGGAGCCCACCUGCCUCGCGUCCACUCUAAGCGAGAUGGCCAAUUCCUGACUGAACUCUUUGUAGAUAUUGGACCUUGGGUGGGACUCAAGAGGAAGGGCAACGACUACAAGUGGAAUGACGGAACAGCUUUGGACUACGAAGACAUCAAUGAGAGCUGGGGCUCCGGUGCCAAGCGCGGCGGAGGGCGUCCACAGCUGCCACCAUUGGUGGGCCAACCUGACUGGACUGACAAAUGCGGCUGGUGGCUGGAUGACCCCUCCAGCGACUUCUGCUACGUGAUCAUCCCACAGCCCACCAAGACCUGGCAGGAGGCGCAAGACCACUGCCAAGCCCACCAAGGGAACCUGCUCAGCAUCGCCGACUCGCACGAGCAGAGCUUUGUGCACGGUUUCGUCAAGAGUCAGGGACAAGCAUCCUCUCUGUGGUUGGGCGCCGAUGUCUCACUCGAUGACGAUGACGGCAAAUGGAUUGACAAUUCCUCGUUCACGUUCAAGCGCCAUUGGGAAGGUGACGCCAAAGGAAAUUGUCUUUCCUUGCUCACUGGCAGCGGCGACUGGAAGUACGACCCGUGCGGCAACAAGAGAGGCUACGUCUGCAAGAAAAGAGGAAAAGGAUUGACAGCGCCGACUCUUGACGACAGCAAGUGUGAUCCCGGCAACCUGGUCUCGAUCACCUCCUCGGCCGAGGAAGACUUUGUGAAGACGACCAUGGUCAAGGACACCCCCUUCUGGCUGGGACUCUCCAACCAGAAAUGCGACGACUCCUGGUGUCGCUUUGAAGGCGGGAGCCAGACGCUGGCCUGGUCUGAUGGCUGCCCAAAGGGACAGACGUGUUCCCCCAAACGUGGUCCUGCUGUCGUGAAGACUGCCUACUGCGACGACAACUCCUUCCACUAUGACGAUUAUUGUUACCGUUACGAGAAGACGCAUGAAAAUUAUGACAAUGCCGAGAAGUUCUGUCAAGUCCGGGGAGGCCACCUGGCUAGCGUCCACUCUAAGCAAGAGGCCCAAUUUGUGUAUGAUCACUCGCAGACCUCACAAUCUGCUUUGGUGGGACUCAAGAAAACGACGGGCGACGACUACGAGUGGAGUGACGGAACAACCUUUGAGUACAAACGGUGGGAAAAAGACACCACGGGGGACUGUGCGUUCCCAAAUUCUGUUGGGGAGUUGAGUGGCUGUGAGUGCUCAACGACGCGGCCAUUCUUCUGCAAAACAGCCAAGCGCGGAGGGACUCGACGGCUGGCAUCAUCAGUCAGCCUAGUCAGCUGGACUUACAAAUGCGGCUGGUGGCUGGACAACCCCACCAACGACUUCUGCUACCUGAUGAUCAGCCAGCCCACCAAGACCUGGCAGAAGGCGCAAGACGACUGCAAACUCCUCGAAGGGGACCUGCUCAGCAUCACCGACACCGAUGAGCAGGCCUUCAUAAAGGGUAUCGCCAAGGUUCUGAUGGGCGAUGACGCCUCCCUGUGGUUGGGCGCCAACGGAGGCAUCGAGGGUGACGGCGGCAAGUGGGCUGACGGAUCCCCCUUCUCUUACCUCCACUCGAGUGAAGGUGACCCCAAAGAGGGGAAAUGUCUUUCCUUGCUCACCGGCAGCAGUGACUGGAAGCGUGACAAGUGCGACAACAUGAAAGGCUACGUCUGCAAGAAAAGAGGAAAAGGAAAGACAGCAAAACCCCAGCUGCUGCUACAUGACGGCUACAAGGAGGAACUUGUCUGCCAAGACGAUUUGAGAUUCCUUGAAUGUUCCGAUGCACGCGUCAUCCGCGUACAGUCGGCUUUCCUCGGACGGAGGCGUAGCAACGUCUGUCCGAGUGGCGGUGCCAGAUCACACGGUCGCUGCAGGAUGAAAGGGGCUCUCUCUCACUUUAGAGCAUUGUGUGACAAACAAGAGUUUUGCCCCAUUCAACCUACGGGCACGGACUCCUGCCCUGGUGUCUCCAAAUACCUCCACAUCGUCUACAGCUGUGAGGAGAAAGUGUGUCUUGACAGUCUGGGCAUCGCUGACGGGACAAUCCCAGACUCCUCCUUUUCAGCCUCUUCCUCUGCGAUCAAUGCCGAACCUCACAAAGCGCGCCUGGGGGGCAGCGGUUGCUGGACACCGUCCAAAAUACUCGGCAGCUGGAUCCAGGUGAACCUUGGUCAGCGCUUCAAGGUGACGGGCAUUGUGACCCAGAGGUGUAUGUCCAACAAGUAUUCUUCCAACGUAUUUGAGUUGGAGUUCAGUACUGACGGAGAGACUUGGUAUCGCCACCCAGAGCAGCUUGCUGUGGGGACUUACAUGCUAACCAGGCUCAUGUUCGCCAAGUACAUCCGCCUCCUGCCAAGAUUUCUUGGCCUUCGCUUUGACGUCUUAGGGUGCACGCCUGAUGACACCUCUCGCGACAUCUUAUGCAGCACCACAGCCGUCAGCCCCGUCCUGGACAGUUCAAUGACGGUCCGGUGCCCGCCAGGCUGCGCCCAAACCUACACGGUCUACGGAACACAGAUCUACAAACAGGAGUCAAACAUCUGCGCGGCUGCCAUUCACUCGGGCGUCAUUGAGAACGCGAUUGGAGGAAUUGUGUCUUUGCUGAAGAGAGACCCACAGGAGGCCUACAAUAGCUCCGCCAGGAACGGGAUCACCUCGAGCAAUGAUGACGGUUUGGCUCGAUCUCCGUCGUACACUUUUGAAGACCAGGAGCCGAGAUGCUUGGGACCUGAAUGGGAGGAGUUUGCGGACUUUUGCUACAAACGUUUUGAUGAGAGAAAGACGUGGUACGGCGCUCGACAAAACUGCUCCCGUCUGAAUGCCAAGCUGGUGUCCAUUCGCUCCAAGGUUGAGCAGGAUUGGCUGCAAGACCUCCUGACGUCAGCCCUCGCCGACACAUGGAUCGAACUGAACGCCCCGGUGGUUCCCGGCGAAUUCGCGUGGUCGGACCACCAGAAGGUGACCUUCACCAACUGGGCUCCGGAAGAACUUGGCGACGGGUUGGAGAAUUGCGUGGCCGCCUUGAGCCAGUCUGGCAAAUGGAAGAUGAUGUCGUGCACGCAACUCAACGGCUACAUGUGUAAGAUGCCCACGGAGCGUUAUGCGCUGGAUAAAGGCGCCAAUGCAUGUGGCGAGUAAUCAUAUGAAUGCAAUUGACCUUCCAUGAUCGUUCUGUUUGAUUUACCAUUGAUGGAUGCAUUAUGACUGAUUUACCAUGCAUUAGUCUUUUUGUUAGAUUUACCAAGCGUUAUGAUUCUGUUGACUUCUUCUUGACUUAACAUGUGAUAUGAUGAUUUACCAUGCAUUAUUAUUCCUUUGUCCAAUUUACCAUGUUAUUAUUCUCUUAGAUUUACCGGGCAUUUUCAUCAUUGAUUUCUUAUAUUUCAUUCACUUAUUGUUAAAUUUACCAUGCAUUAUUAUUAUAGCAUCUGUUGUUUUACCUUGUUUAAUUGACCCAAAAAAUAAUAAAAUAAUAAAGACAAA